CUCGGUCCGAACUGAACGUCAGCAUUCCCUAAUCUUGCACGCGAAUAUUGUUCAACAUGGCUUUGCAAGGGGUCGAGCAGACGAUCCUUCGGGAUCCUGCUCUUUUCUAUUGGAUCGUGUUUCCUAUCACCAUUGUCAUGAUCCUCACCGGUAUCCUGCGCCAUUAUGCCACAAUCCUGAUGAACAGCCCGCCGAAGCCCGCAUCCACGCUGGCCGAAUCGCGCGAACGCCUCGGCCUCAUUCGCGGCGUCAACUUCCGGAACAACGCCUACGUGCUCAGCAAAGACUCCUUCGAGAUGCGGAAGAACUACCUCAUCUCGGCCUACCACGACGGCGCCUUCUUGAAGGACCCCGGAAACCGCGGCCAGCCGCCGGCAAAUCCCAUGACGGAUCCGGCCGGCAUGGAGGCCAUGAUGGGCAUGAUGAAGGGUAAUAUGAUGAUGAUGAUCCCGCAGACGCUGAUUAUGAGCUGGAUCAACGCCUUCUUCUCGGGGUUUGUUAUCUUGAAAUUGCCCUUCCCUUUGACUAUCCGGUUCAAGUCCAUGCUGCAGUCUGGUGUCAUGACCCGCGACUUGGAUGUUAGAUGGGUGUCCAGUCUGUCGUGGUACUUCCUGAAUCUGUUCGGGUUACAGUCUGUGUUCGGGUUUAUUCUCGGUAGCGAUAAUGCUGCCAACCACAUGUCUCAGCAGAUGGCGGGUAUGAACCCUGCUGCUGGCAUGAACCCCUUCCAGCCGGGCCAGGAUCCCGAUAAGAUGUAUCAGAACGAGGCCGAGAACCUCGCGGUUAUGGAACACUUUUGCAUUCUGGAUGGUAUUGAGGAGCGAAUUCUGCAGAACUAUGGCGCCAGGGAAGCGUAUUAAUUUGGUGUUCGGGGGAGCGGUUUUGUGUCGACUGUUGUCUGGUAUGUAGUGUUCACAAUGUAAGCCUGAUGCAUGCCGUGUGACGAUGCAAAUUAAGACAAUGACAUAUUCGUUC